UAAGCACACACUCAGCUAACAGGUCUAAAGUAGAUGCGACACCAAAACAAUAUCCUGGUCCUGCAGAAUGUCCAAGAUCAGGCGGAAGGUGACAGUGGAGAAUUCAAAAACUAUAUCCGACAGCGGGAGCAGCAGCAGCACCACGACCAGCAGCGCCACCAACCCCGCCGCGGCGCCCUCUCGCAGGCCCAGCGUGUUUGAGAGACUCGGUCCCAGCACUGGUAGUAAUGCUGCUGAUAGUCACUGCAGAAAUUGGCUGAAGACUGGUACCUGCAGUUACGGCAACACUUGCCGCUAUACACAUGGAACUCAACCCCGAAGCAAAGGAUUCACCUUCAGCCGGACAACCGAGAGGCCCACAGGUGAUCUGCGGGAGAGGAUGAAGAAUAAAAGAAAGGAUGUUGACCCGGAAAACCUGAAGAGAGACCUAGACGAGCAAACAUCUCCCACAGUAAGACAGAGAGAUUCCUCUAGAGGGCGACACAGAGAGAAGGAGGACAUAAAGAUAACGAAGGAACGUACCCCGGCCAGCGAAGAAGAGACGGCUGAGUGGGAAACUAAUCGUGAAGAUUCAGAUAUUGGUGACUACGACUACGAGUUAUCCCUUGAGAUGAAGCGGCAGAAAAUUCAACGAGAGCUGAUGCAGCUGGAGCAAGAGAAUUUGGACAAGAGAGAAGAUGGUGCCAAGAAAGAUGAGACCCCCACCAAAACAAGAAGCGCGGGUUUGCCAAAGGUGUCCGGUGAGCUGUUAAGCUCUAAAGAGUCGCCCACUUCCAGAAAGUCCAGCAGCUCCCCCAAACACAAAGGGGCCGCCAAAGGAGCCGGCUCUGGAAAGAAGGAGAAGAAGACAUCAGUGGCCGUAGCUGUGCCAGAAACAACCAGAGCGACAAAAGGCAGCCAUGGCAAGAAGAAAGGGCCGCGCACGCCUAGUCCUCCUCCCCCGGUCCCUUUGGACAUUCCUGUGGUUGGGAAGAAGCACAAAGGCAAACACAAAAACAAGGAAAAGGCCGAGGAGAAGCAGAAGGAAGGCAAGGAUCGGGGCAGAGAUACAGAAAAACACAAAGAGAAGAAGGAGAAGCGCAGGGAUCGUUCAGACAGUUCCCACAAGGCCAAGCGUGUGGUGACAUCAGACGAUCAUUCGGGCAGCGUGUCUCCCUCCAGGGAUGCUUCGCCUCCAGCCAGGAAGAAAUCUGCCUCUCCCAAAGUGUCUUCCCAUAAAACCUCUUCCUUAUCCUUCUCCUCUCAAAGCAGGUCUCCUUCCCCCCUACGCCACCACCGCAGCCCGACUCCUUCUCGACAUCACUCCCCCUCGUCCCACUCCGGGUCUUCUGGCCAUCGCCACUCCCCUUCUCCUCGGCGGCGGCGCUCUUCGUCCCCCAGCUACCACAGAAGCUCCGGGUCGCAGAUCGCCGCCUCCUCGCCUUCCCACUCGCGGCGCUCCCGAUCCCCUCAUGACGCGUCCUCCCCACAUCGACGGUCCAACAGGUCGAGCCCUGUCAGGCACCACUCCAGGGGGAGAGAGAGGAGCCGCGGAGAGCGGGAAAGGACCCCGCCAACUCAAGAGCGCAGACAUGAUCACAGAGAUGAGAGCCGGAGCAAGCGAGAGAAGGAACGUGAUGAUCGCGACUACGACUCCGAGAUUGUCUCCUCCAGAGACGAUCGGGAGAGCAGAGAGGCCCGUGAUCGCAGGGACGUUCGUGAGAGGGGAAGGGAAGCGACCCGCGAUUCCCGGGAUAACAGAGACAGCAGGGACUUGAAGGACUCGAGAGAGUGCAAGGCGGAGACCCGCUCUAGCCGAGAGUCGCUGGAACGCCGGGAACGGGAGAAGGAGAGGGGGAGGGAAAAGGAAAGAGACAGGAGUGACGCCUACAGGAAGGAGGAGCUAGGUUCAGACGACAGGGCCUAUGGAAGAGGCCAUGGACGGGACGAUGGAGGCAGAAGCGAAGGGAGGACCGAGAGCAAGGCGGACAGGACCGAGAGGACCAGCAGAGGAAGGGGACGAGCCAGUGACGUAUCGGAUAAAGGCUCAAACAGAAAUUCACGCAAUUCCCAAUUGGAUGGCGGCUACGACAACUGGGAGUCACGGAGCAGCACGGCCCGGGACCGAAGCGUGGAGAGGAGCGGCGCCGAGAGGAGCUCCGACAGGGCGUCAGAGCGCGAGCGCUAUGAGAGUGACAGGCGAGACCACGCUAGAGACUCCUCCUACGACAGGAGGGGAGGACAUGGAGAGCGGGAGCACAGAGACAACCGAGAGAGAGGUUCUCCAAACAGAUAUCAGAGGAGGUCCGAGGAGUCUGAGAGGGAGGAGAGGAGGACGGACCGAGCAGAGGACAGGCGGGACGACAGGGGUCGUGAGAGGGACCGAGACAGGGAGCGGGAGAGAGACAGGGAGCGGGAGAAAGAGAAGGAACGAGAGAGGGAGAGAGAGAAGGAACGAGAGAAGGAGAGGGAGGCGGAGAGGGAACGGGCCAGGGAGCGAGAGAGGGAGAGGGAAAGAGAGCGGGAGAGGGAGAGAGAAAGAGAGAGGGAGGAACGGGAGCGUGAGAGGGAGCGGGAGGAGAGGGAAAGGGAGAGAGAGAGGGAGGAGCGGGAGAGGGAGAGGGAAAGAAAGGAAAGGGAGAGAGAGAGGGAGCAGAGGGAACGGGAGAGACAGAGGGAGUGGGAGGAGCGGGAGAGAGGGAGGGAGGAAAGGCGGGAGAGGAGAGACGACAGCAGGGAUGAGAGGACGGUUCGAGACGACCGCAAAAUCAGCCGUAAGAGGCUCCGAGUGGAGAGCAGUCCGAGCCCUCAGCCCCUCCCUAAGCGGACGACGCGGGACUUCAGCCCGGCAGACAGCGACGGCUACAAUAGCAGUGAGGACAAAAGUGAGCGCCUGACCGGCCGAGGGCAGCCCAAGCUCCACCCACAGCCCCUCCUCCCCAGCCCUGUGUGUCCGCCUCCAUCUGACAAUGGGGAUAAACAUCGCCUGCCUAGCCAAGUGGUGAGGCCCCAGGAUCGCUUGUCACGGUCGCCUCAACGUAGCAGCACUUCUAGUGAAAAGGGCGCUUACUGGAAAGAAGAAGAGCGCAGGGGAGCCGGGGACAAGCGGGAAGCCCGCAGCCGCAAUGACGACACGGAGACGCGUGCAGAUCGAGCCAGGGGAGGCGAGAGACGUGGAGAGUACUUCGCAGACGUGUCCUCAGACUCUCGCAGCAGAGGUAGAGACCAGCGAGAAUCGACUCCACCCCCUCCGCCUGCAGCCCUUCCCGUCGGCGCUGAAAGCAGGGAGGCCACUGGUCCUCCGCCACACGAGGAAAGCAAAAAGAAGACAAAGACACAGAAGAAGGGUUUGAAGAAAGGCCGUAAAGACGAGGAUGUCAGUGGGGGAAACAUUUUGGUCCCGGCAGCGGAGAGGUUUAAUCCGGAGCCUCCUGCCAGCACGUCUUCAGAUGUUCCUAUCCACUCACCGAGGAAAGGAGCCAAGAAAAAGGGACACGAGCGGAAGAGGAAGAGGUCCUCAGGAGGGGAGUCUGAUGUGUCUCAGGAGGAGACGUCUGCCCAACAGCCUCAGAACAAGAGGAAGAGAGGUCCUCGGACUCCGCCGCCCUCCAUGAGGCCUGAUCGUCAUGGGACAAACACAGAGCGCUCCCCCGUUUUCAAAUCAAACAAUUUCAGCGAUUGGUCCGACGAGGAGGAGCCGGAGCGGGUGUGUCCGGCGGAAGUGCAGGCUCCUCCGCCUCCUGCUGAGAGGACUCCGUCAGAGCCUCUAAGGAGAGGCGGUGGCCACAGGAUGGGUAGAGACAGGGACCGGGGUCAUGCUCCCACUAUAGCCCCACUUUUAUCCCCAGACCCCCCGAUGCUGCUUCAAACUCUGACGCCACAGCCGCUCAUGUCCCAGCCGCUCAUGUCCCAGCCGCUGCUCCGGAAACCGCCACCGGAGCAGGCGCGCAGCAGCAGUAUGGGGAGCACCCAGAGCCGGACAUCAUCUCGACGCCCGCGGUCUCCUUCCAUCGAGUCGCCCUGCCUGGAGGACCCUCAGGGUCCACGCAUGCGCCGCGGCAGGCCGCAGGGCUCCCACUCCCGAGACCGGGAAAGGGAAAGAGAGCUGGAGCGCGAGAGGGGGAUGGUGGGCGAUCCUCCUGGGGGCGAGAGGAAAUCCCGAAUCGAUCAGCUGCGCAGAGGAGAGCCCAGUCGCAGCACCUCGUCCGACCGCCAGGAUUCUCGUAGCCACAGCUCCAGGCGCAGCUCCCCGGAUUCAGAGAGGCAGGGCAGGUCCAGGUCGCGGGCCGGCUCCUACGACAGUAGAGAGAGGGAGAGAGAAAGGGAGCCUUUUGAACGGGACAGAGAGCGAGAACGUAAGGAUUUCCGCCCCCAGCAGAACCAGCAGCCGCCCCUGCACCUCCAACAGCCAAUUCAACCGCAGAGAGACUGGGAGCCGGAGCCGAGAGACUGGCCCAGCAGGGGGCGGGAGCCCCUCCUGAUGCGUCCUGUUCGGGAACCCCUCCUCAGAGGCGAGAGGGACAUCAGGGAACGGGAACGCCUGCUUCCAGAGGGACUCAUCCAGCAGCACGAACGCGAGCGGGACAGAGACAGCCGGGGGGACCGGGGCAUGGAUCGAGAGAGGUCCAUGUUGGACCUGCCUCCACAUGCUGACCCGAGAGCGCCGGGCAGAGGAGACGCACGAGGCGACAUAAGAGGUGACCUGAUGAGGCAGGACAGGAGCGACUUCGAGCCACUGCUCCCAAGAGAAGCCUUCAGUCCAGCAGAACCAGAAAAAUCCAGCAACAGCCAUCUCCCUGGAGAUCAGCGUGAGCUGGAGAAGGCUGAAAGCAUCGAUGGCGAUGAUGAUGGAAAAGAAGACGAGCAGUCUGUUGCUUCUGUAGCAGAGGAGUAUGAACCCAUCAGCGAUGAUGAGCUGGAUGAAAUCCUGGCCGACAGCCAGAAAAAGGAGGAUCAGCAGGAGGAGGAGAAAAUCACAGGUCCCCUGGAUGUGAUUGACGUUGAUUGGUCCAGCUUGAUGCCAAAACAGAAGCCGGAGCCUCGAGCGGCGGGGGCGGCUCUGCUCCGCUUUACCCCAGGCGCUGUCCUGUUGAGGGCGGGCAUUUCCAAGCGCCUCGCUGGCCCUGAACUUUUAGAACAAGUCAAAGAGGUGUGCAAGUCAGAGCUGGAUGAUCCCAAAGAUGCUGACAAGCUGUUUGAGCAUGACCUUGGAGCCCUAAAUAUGGCUGCCCUGAAUAGGCGAGUGGAGAGGGCCGGUCUACUUAGCAACCUCGGACCCUGCUGCAAGGCCCUCUGUGCUCGGAGGGACUUCGCCAUCCGUCGGCAGCUGUUAAAGAACGAAAAAGGUCAAACCAAGCAGUACCCCACUCCACCUGUAGUAGACCAGGAGCUGCUCCAGAUGAGCAUCCGUCUGUUCAGAAGGACCAUGGCCAGUCAGACCUCCGCCCCAGAGAGGGUAGAGAGCGGCUCGGCACCCGCAGCCGAAGCUGCAGAAACUGAUAGCAGCAAGCUGAGCACAGCACAAGAGGUGUGCGUGUCCUGAAAGUAAGACACGUUAGAGUCGUCAUCACAUCGUUCUCCAUCACUGUUCCUUCAAUGAACGCUUCUUUUUUUUUUUUUGUAAUGAUGGAGUAAAACUAACUUGGCAAGAUGUUUAGUUCUUAGUUAAGCUUGGAGAGAAUAAACCAUGAGAUUUGGACCAUGUUGAAAGAUAAUAAACAUUUACCUGCUGACCAUUUGAGCCCAUGGAAAUGUACCCGGUGUAAGAAACAUCUAAUUCAUGUUUUUUUGUGCAUUUAAAAAAAAAAAAAAAAAAAGAUUUUUAAUUUACAGAGCUCCAAAAAAAGUACAGUUUGUUUUUUUGCUGUUGUGUGCAUUGGUCGCUAUAAAAGUACAUUAAAAUGGUUAGAGCUGGUUAUUUUUCUUCCAGUUUAUCUGCUUUGUGGAAAAACAACUGUUCAGCCUUGAAUAUAAUGGAACAUUUCAUGUAUUUUCUUCCCUCUAUUCAUACCUAUCAAAGGAGCAAACAUGUUUACCAACAAACAAACUUCAGUUCAUCCUGCAGAGACUUGAAUGAACUUUUAAAAAGCACUGCCAAACUAUUCCUCAGUAGCCUGCUGUUAGUCUGUAUAAACAGUAUAUGUGUUUGAUGUUUUGCUACGAAUGGCUUGGCAGUGACUUCCUGACUUGAACUGAAGAGAUUGCACAGCAGACAAAAACAUUUGCUGAGGUGUUCCUGUGCGACCUAAAGGAAAGGUCAAAUAUUCCCCAUAGGAAAGAGAACAUGCUGCCUAGAGUAGUGAAGGAGGAUGUAAAGCUUGCAGACUGUCCAUUUUGUCCCUGGUGGGACGCCGUAUCAGCAGAAGAGGCCUUUGUUCCAGGAGUUUGAUACCGAACUCGAUGAAGACACAGACUCCUGGUUCUGCUGAGGGUGGGCUCCCUGGUAUUAGAAACUCACUCAUCAAUGCUAGGAAACACAUUUUUCUGUGCAAAGUCAAAUGUACUAGUAAUGACAUAUGGUAUGGUGCUGGUUUAUUUUUUCUAAUGUAAAAUAAAUGUAGAAUAACAUCCUUA